AUGGCAUCAAAGAUUCCUCAGUUACAAUCGAAGGUAACCCAAGCAUCACAAGUAGUGACAAACCAUGGAGCUUCAUACUACAAACUAUUGUUGGAGCAGAACAAACACUAUAUCCAGGAUCCACCCACGAUUGAAAAGUGUCAAUCAUUAGCAAAACAACUAUUUUAUACUCGCCUAGCGAGUAUUCCUCUUCGUUGCAAUUCAUUCAGGAAGGAAUUGGACCACGCAAAGAAUCUAGUGAAGAACAGGCAAGAUCUAAAUAUAGGGAAUCUUGGCAUUGCUGCUUUGUUUGGACUUGAGUGUUUUGCAUGGUUUUGUGGGGGUGAGAUUGUGGGCAGAGGAUUUACAUUCACGGGCUACUAUGUUUGA